AUUGAAAGAGAUCCUAAAUAAAUAGAGUAACAUUAAUAAAAUAAAUUAAACAUAUAUUUAAUUUGUAUACUUGACACUAAUUUUUAAGCUGAUUUUUAGAUAUAAAAGGUUAUUUAAUUGUAGAACUUUUUAAAAACUAUCACUGUGACUUAAAUUAUAAAUGGAAGUCUAAUGUGUAUAAUAAAAGUCUGAUGUGAUUAGUUACAUUGGUAAAAUGUGUUAACAAAAUUUAUAUGAAAUUUAAGAGUUAAUAUAUGAAUUAAUGAAUAAUUAACGAUGGCAUUUGAGAUUUGACCGAGUCUGAAGGAUGGUGAUUAACAAGAACAACACAUCCUAAACAUAGAAGAUGAAAACAAAGAAAGGAUCUAAUUAUGAAUCAAAACAUAAAAAAGCUAACGAAUUUAUUAGCUGUUAUCGGUGGCUCACUGUGAUCACAAAAAAAUGAGCGUCUCAUAUAAUAAUAUUUGGGUUCUGAUAUUCCUUUUUCUCUUUAGCCCUCUGAAUAGGCAUGGCAAAUAAUCGUAGUGCACAAGCACGCAAGGUAAUGGUGGUGGCUGACCCAACAAGGGAAUCAGCGGGUGCAUUGCAAUACGCACUUUCACAUGCAGUGCUUGAGCAAGAUGAAUUGAUUCUGUUGCAUGUUGAGAACCCAAAUUCUUGGCGUAACACUAUUUCAACGUUCUUGAAAAUGCCUUCAUUGGGAAGCUCAGCGACGGUAUCGUUUGAGUUUGGAGGACCUGCUGCUGCUGAUAAUGAAGGGGUUGAUUUUCUUGAAGAAAUGAAGAAUGUAUGCAAAGUUUCUCAACCUAAAAUUCGUGUGCGUUCUUUGAGGGUGGAAAUGGAUGGAAAAGAUAGAGCUACCACUAUCCUUUCACAAAGCAAAACGCAAGCUGUUGAUGUCAUAGUUAUAGGCCAGAAGCGCAGUUUCUCUUCAGCGUUAUUAGGGUCCGUAUACUCAUUCAUUUUCUUCUGUGUUUCACUUUGCAUGGUAUUAUUUCUUGCCUGUGUGUCACAGUGCCUUAUCAUAUUUUCUUUAAUAUCAUUUCUUUCAUCUCUCAAGAAUAAAUUGUUUGAUUAAAGAGAUAGAUUUAUAGAUGUCAUAAUAUGAUUUCUUCCAUAUUUGAAUGCAUGGAGACAGAUACAAGCGACCCACAGGAGGAUCAAUGAAAGGGAUAAAAGCGAUUGACACAGCAGAGUAUUUGAUCCAGAACAGCCCAUGCACCUGUGUUGCUGUCCAGAGAAAGGGUCAAAAUGGAGGCUAUGUUCUCAAUACAAAAACUCAGCGAAAUUUCUGGCUCUUAGCCUAAAGGCUUCAUAUAUAUAUAUAUAUAUAUGGGUCCCCUUUUGGCUUUGGCACCCCCCAUGGCCAUGGCACAAUUUUUUAAUUAUGACUUAUGUAUGACAUUAAUGUUUGGUUUGCAUAUAUGCCUGGUUCUAUAGGACGGCAAGAACAUAUUGAUUUCGCCGUGGGUAGAUUUAGGAGAAAUUUUUAAAUAGGCAUUAAUUAUAUAUUACAUUAUCCAUGAUAGGCACUCAAAUAAUUAUGGACUUGUAUAUGCGAAAAUACUUAUACAGUAAGUUGUAUUUUUAUUAUAAUUCCAAUAAAUUUAUGUUUCACAUAAUGAUUUGAGUGUUUAUGAUAAAUAAUGGCUAUCUAAAAAUUAUUCUAGAUUUAGCAAAAUUGUAUGACUUAAUUUCCCCUUGUUACUUCCUUGUUGUACAAAUGGUGAGAAGCUCAUGGAUGUUAUCCAGCACUUAGAAUGCAUAGGACUUGCACCUCCAAAGUGUGACAAUUUUUUUUUCUUUUGAGAAACCAAAAAAACGCCAAUCUACAUACCUCACAGAAAAAAAAGUGUAUAAAGUAAGGAAAUAAGAAUAUAUUUAUAUUUAUAAAUGGACAUGUAUAUGUAAUAGUGAAACAGAAACUCAUGUUCUCAUACUCCUCUCUACAUAUGCAAGCAGUCUAACAAGAGAAAGAGGUAGAACAAACUUUAUCUGAAAUUCACCAGAUCAAAGUUCUGAAAAAUAAUCUUCAUUGAAUUCUGACUAAAACCCUCUUGUUGUAA